AUGACGACCCACGAAAUAGAGAAGCAUCCCCAAUAUGACGACUAUGACUACCCCACCACAGCUCCUACUGUCCAAAGUGGGCACCCAGGACACACGACGAAAGAGCAAGAUGCAGCAAUCUUCUCGCUGCGAACUCAGCUUGAGCAAGCUGGCUAUAAGGAGCGCCUCGACACGCUGACGAUGCUACGAUUCCUGAGGGCGAGGAAGUUCGAUGUCGCGGCCGCGAAGAAGAUGUUCGAGGACUGCGAAAAAUGGAGAAAGGAGUUCGGUGUCGACGAUCUCGUCCGCAACUUCGAAUACACGGAGAAGUCCAAAGUCUUCGAAUACUACCCCCAGUACUACCACAAAACAGACAAGGCAAGUCAUUUUGAUAGUGCAAUACUAAGAUUACUCGCCCUAGUUGACGGCCGACCAGUCUACAUAGAGCACCUGGGCAAAAUUGACCUCCCAGCCAUAAACAAAAUCACUACAGACAAACGAAUGUUGCAAAACCUUGUUGUUGAAUAUGAGAAGCUAGCAGAUCCCCGCCUGCCCGCUUGCUCCAGAAAGUCAGGCCAAUUACUGGAGACGUGCUGUACGGUUCUAGAUCUUAAAGGGGUGGGCGUCACCAGGGUACCCUCAGUGUAUGGAUAUCUCAGGCAAACGUCUGCAGUGUCGCAAAACUAUUAUCCUGAGAGGCUAGGACAUAUGUAUUUGAUCAAUGCGCCAUGGGGAUUCGCAUCUGUCUUUAGUGUGGUAAAAGGCUUCUUGGAUCCGGUGACGGUGCAGAAGAUUCAUGUGCUAGGUAGCGGGUACCAGUCGGAGCUGCUGAAGCAGGUCUCGAAGGAGAAUCUGCCGGAAGUACUUGGUGGGACAUGUCCUUGGCAAGAGCCCGAAUGGAUGAAGCCGCCGAAAUGGGCCCAAGAUGGAGCAGCACAACCGAAGGCUGAGGAGACCAAGCCGACGGAGGCAGCCAAGCCAACAGAGGUGUCCACGGCACCAGCCCCACAACACGGUCUCACUGGAGGUGCAGAAGCAGGCGCGGGCGCUGGACAAGCACCAAUGGGCGCAUAG